AUGUCAGUGUGCCAGUGGUUUUUUGGAAGCUCUCACUCAUAUCUUGGCUUAAAUUUAUCUCUACUUUUGCUCAGCGUGCAUUCCCUGCAACCUAAUAAGGUCUGCAUGGAGGGAAAGGAAGAGGGCACAGAGGGCGAGAGAAGAUGGUGGGAAAAGGUUGGACAAUAGUAAUCAAAAGUAUUUUCCCACAAAUUUGUUUUGGCCUCUGCACACAUGGGUGUUUCUGCUAGGGUUUGUGUGUGUGUGUAGAGAGAUAGAGAGAGACCACAAAGAUGAGGGUGAAAGCACAAAACAUAAUGAAGAGAUUAGGAUAUUGUAGGCCUAUUGUAGGCUGACAUGUUCCUAAGCGCUUUGAUGUAGCACAUCAUAUGCUCUGUACGUAACAAUAUUUUCUUCAGUAAAUCCACAUGAAUGUGACAGAGAAGAUAAUAAAGUACAAUAUAACAGUACUUCAAAGCCUUUUCUGAUCUUGCUCCUUUCAAAUUGUAAUUGAUGACCAUUGAAGCCUCAGCAGAACAUACUGUUGUUUAUCACGCUUGUGUCUACACACGCUGAUAGUCCUUCGCUAAGAGAGAGACCCUGAAACCCAACCACAAACCACCACGCAUAUAGGAUAUUAACUCCGCUCUUUCACUUCCACUCUUCAAAGCAAGGUGUUUUCACAGACUGUUUUCUGGAAGCUGGAGGGGAUUUCUCUGCUUAUGCUGCUUUAUUCAACCAUCCUAUCCCCUCAGCAAACUGUCACCUGAUCCCUCACACACCUUCAGCCAUGCAGCAUAUUAGAUUACUACAAUACUCACUAAAGUCAACCAGACACCCCUCCAACCCCACACUCUCCAGCUCUCAUUUACUCCCUCCUCUGUUUCAGACUAUAGAAAUGCCCCAACACAAUAUGGAAAACUCCAGGAGUCAGUGGCAGCAGGGUCUGCGGCCUCCGUGGAUCACCAGAAUGACUGAAGGCCAGAGUCCCGCCUCCUCAGGGGCAGAGUCCGAUACAGAAAGUAGCAGCACAGAGGGCGAAAAGACCUCCAUUAAAAAGUUGGAGGUGGGUUCACUGAGGGUCCUGCCAUCACCCUCCAUGCUCCAACAGCGAAUCACAGAGAUCGAACAGCAGAAGGAAGAGCUAAACAUUGAGCUGCAGCUGGAGAUUGCUUUGCUACAAGGAGAGCUGCAGACAGAGAAAGACCGGCUGCACAAACACACGCAGAAGUUGAAAGAUCUACAGGAGGAGGCCGGGCAAAGAGAGAAGCACAAACACACAGACAGACAAAAGGAACGAGAGAAUCUGGAAGAGGAGCGGCGCAGGGUGGAGGAGCUGAAGAGGAGGUGCAAAGAAAAAGAGAAACUGAUCCCGAGUCAGCCAGAAAGUCAGCGAGAACAGCUAAUGCUGCAGCUGCAGAAGGAGAAGGAGGCGAUGGAGGCAUCAGUUCGGGCCUUUGAGGAUUGGGAGUUUAAUUUUCUGGAGCGAGAGACCGGCAUUGUUGAAGAGGAUGAGAGCAAAUGCAAGGAGAGAGAGAGUGAAGGAGAGCUUGAAAAGGAAAUCUCAUGCCAGAAGCUUUUGGUCAACGUUGCACAGGAGCAAGUCCAACGGUUAGAGAGACAGCUGCGGGACAUGGAAAAGGAGAAAGAGAGAGAGAUGAAUGCCUUGAGGAAAGAGAAGAGGGAGCUCAUACACACCCAAAUGGUUCGCAAAGACAAGAAGCCGCUCACCGACUGGUCUGACAUCACCAGCUCAGCUCCCUGCAUGAUGUCUCUUUCUCCUCUGACGGUUCACAAGCCUCCGCAGGAUCCAAGCAAAGAAGGUGUCAGUCUGCCCAGGAGACGAAGCUCGCAUCGCAAUAACAGACUAAACGACAGGCCGGUGUCAGCACAGGUGCUGGUAAGGAUGCAUCCUGACAGCCAGGCCCCAGAUGCUUUCACAUCCCCUGUCCUGUCCCAUAGACUGAGCAAUGGGCACAGCAGUGGGCACGGCAAUGGGCACAGCAGUGGGCACGGCAAUGGGCACAGCAGUGGGCACGGCAAUGGGCACAGACCUGGGGCCAGCAAUGGUGGUGGAGUCCUAACUCCAUGUAAUAGUACAACAAGCUCUCGUGCUGCCAGUCCAUGCCUUUUGGAUCUCAUUGAGAUUGAGAAGAAACUGAAGGAAGCCAAAGCAGAGAGAGAGAGGCUGCUCAGAGAGCGGGAAGAUCAGCGACAGUUGCUGUUGGAGGAGAGAAGACAAAGAGAGCUUAAUUCUUCCAGAACAGAACCACCAGAACCAGAGACCCCACAAAGACCAGAGCCAGAAGAGCAACAAAGGGUCAUCUCUUCCCCAAACUCCUCUGAGCAGCGUAGCCUGCCCCUCUUCCUCUCUCCAAACUUUGACCUGAGGGCCCAUGUGGAGUCUCUGGGUCAUGGAGUGACUGGCUGCACGGAACUGCGGCUGACGUCUCGACGCUGUGCGGGCUUCCUGACCAAACGAGGGGGGAGGGUCAAAACCUGGAAGAAGAGAUGGUUCCUGUUUGACAUGGACCACAGACGACUAGCCUACUAUACAGACUGUGAUGAAAGGAAGCUAAAGGGAGUCAUUUAUUUCCAAGCAAUAGAGGAAGUUUACUACGACCAUCUACGAACAGGCACCUCUUCACCACGGCCCAGUCUGACGUUCUGUGUGAAGACAUAUGACCGACUGUUCUUUCUGGUGGCUUCCAGUGCAGUGUCCAUGCGGAUCUGGAUGGAUGUUAUUGUCACAGCAACAGACGAGCAUAGUCGUUAUUAACUUUUGAAUUUACAAUCCUUGCUUCUAGGCAGGCAGCACAAGAGGGUUGUGUUUCCCUCCCUACUGUCUAAGGUCCAAUUUUGUUGAAGAUCCACCUCAGGAGCUCAUUCUAUACCUGGACUCAUGAAUAUGUGAAUAAAGUGCACGAGAUACAGAUGUGGUUAAACUGAGUUGUGGAAACUGUUACUGACAGAGUGAUUGAUGGCGACAGAGGUUCACCAGCUGCAAUCCACAAGCAGCUUCACUCAGCAGCUUGCACAAUGGGUGUCUGUUACUGGGAGGUGUUAAGCUGAGUUUUACCUCCCUCUCCUGGUCACAAUCCAGCAUUACAAGAAUGAUGUACACUACGCAAUAAUACACUACAACAGGUGGUGAACAUAAUAACAACUCCUGUGCAAUACUAUGCAUUCCACUGUAACAGUCCAAAAAUAAGUGUACUUAAAUUACAGAGGCACGUCGAGGUUAAACACUGUGACCGUUUUGUGUUGUAAUAUGUUUUGGAUUGCUUUAUAUUGUCAGAUGUUCCCAUUAAAAUGUCCAAAUUUUUCUCAGUUUUUAUUAAAGAUACAUUGUAAAUGACAUUUUUAAAAUUAUUUAUUAUUCAGAAAUUUUUAUGGGUUUGAUUUUCAAAUAAAUGAAGACAUACACUGUUAUGCACUAUUAAAAGUUUAUUCAUAAAAAAAAAA